AUCCAGCCAUUGAUUUUACUACAAAAGUGGAAAAUAUCUAGUCAUUGAAUUAACAAGUGGAUUUGUGUGAAAAUGGAGACGUUCUCAUCCUGGAAAUGUGGACUUUAUAUUCUAAUUGUAUACCGAGGAAUAUCAGGUCAGUUAUUGAAGCUGGACGACAUCAGAGUGUAUAGUCAGGCAGUGACCUGGAACGAAGCAAAAGACUUAUGUGAACAAGAAGGGCAGAAUAUGCUGACUUUAGACACACCAGAAAAAUUCAACGCCAUAACAAACUUAUUGUCUUCGGUGGACAUCGACCUUCUAACGGGGGAUUACUGGCUUGGACUUCAUGAUGUGAACAGUGGAAGCACCACGGCAUUUUAUUGGAACGACUGUCGACCAUUGGCUCAAUCGGAUUGGACGAUCUGGGACUCGGUGGGCAAUGAGCCUGACAAGCCAUCCACUCAGAGAUGUGUUAGGAUCUUUUUCGGCCAUUGGAGAACUGUAGACUGUAAUAUACCAAGACCAUACAUCUGCGAAACACAAAAAGCACCUUGUCCCUACCUCAGUCUACUCGAGACGGAUGUGAUACAAAAUUCAUCGGUCUCUUUGCUUGAAAUAGCAGCAGAUGUCGAGUCCUGCAAAGCGGUUUGUGACAACAUUUUUACAGCUGAUACAAGUUGUUGGGGAAUACUGAUACCAAGCAACAUCACGUCAUCGUGUAAUCUCAUAAUGGGGAGAGAAAAACCGAAAAGAAGGUCCACAACUGGUUUUAAUUUAUACAUAAAGAACUGCAUGAAAGUAAGUGUCGAUAACAAUAUUGUCGCUGUACAAAGCAGAAAAGAGACAUAUCCUGUUUCUACCUGUCCUGUGAUUGAUCGGGUUGUUGUGGAAAACAUCAGUGUCAUUUCCUGUCAAAACGUUCACUUUGGUAGUACUUUACGACCAACGUCUCAGAGUUCAGUUGUGACUCUCGACAAUGAUCACAUCACCACAACUCUUAGUUUUGGUACUCAGCAAGAAUUACUAUUAAGCAUUCGUAAUAUGAAGAACAGCCUGACGGUGAACAAGUCGGAAACCAGUACAGAGAUUCGAAAGAAGAUCAGUGUUUACGAGAGCAGAACUAGUGCCGUGUCUAUGGGGCUUAUUGGGACUAUUGUCAUUAUAGCAGUGGUACUGUUUCCGAUCGUAUCAGACAUCGCUUCCUUCAUUCAAAGACGUGGCAAAAGAAUUAUCUAACAAAUAUUAUUUCAGUGUGAGACAUGUGAAUGUUAUUUCUAAGAUUAUUUCACGCCACCUUAAUGCGACAAACACUGUACAUACAUGUACAUUAUAUUAAACUCGUCAUAGGUCAUAUACCUUUCAACUAUACACAAUUGUAAACACGAUUUUUUUCAUGUAUUCAUCUUUGAUAAUUUAU